CUUGGAUUGAAGAUGCCAAACUGGGGAGGAGGAGCGAAGUGUGCGGCGUGUGAGAAGACGGUGUAUCAUGCAGAGGAGAUCCAGUGUAACGGGAGGAGCUUCCAUAAGACCUGCUUCAUCUGCAUGAGCUGCAGAAAAGGUCUGGACAGCACCACAGUCGCAGCACACGAGUCUGAGAUUUACUGCAAGUCCUGCUACGGCAAGAAAUAUGGGCCAAAAGGCUACGGAUACGGGCAGGGAGCUGGAGCUCUGAGCUCUGACCCUCCAGGAAAGAACACACAGCCACAGGAAUCCAAACCAAAACCAGCUUCUUCGAGCUCCAGCAGUAAAACCUCCCAGAAGUUUGGUAGUUCAGACCGCUGUACUCGCUGCUCCAAAGCCGUCUACGCCGCAGAGAAAGUGAUGGGAGCAGGAAAGCCCUGGCAUAAGACCUGUUUCCGCUGCCUCCUGUGUGGUAAAAGUCUGGAGUCAACCACAGUGACAGACAAGGAUGGAGAGCUGUACUGUAAAGUCUGUUACGCCAAGAACUUUGGUCCAAAAGGAUUUGGAUUGGGGAACGAGGCCAUGUUGGAGAACCAGUGA